GUGUAAUGUUCUACGCGAGCAACCUAUUUGUGCUUUUUUUGCUACAAUUAUCAUCUAUACAGGGGUACUUUUCUAAGGUACCAUGAAAAAGUGUGCAAGAAUUAUAAUACUCGCUCUUGUGAGCCUGCAAGUAAGUCAAAUUUUGGCGCAAUUGGAAAUCCCUCCAGAAUUCUGUGUUGACCAAGUUCCCGGACACCAUGCACAUCCAACUGAUUGUACUGCAUUUAUCUAUUGUGUUAUUGAUGCAGUCGAAGGACUAGGGGGACACUGCCCUUAUGAUCUGCAUUUCAGACCAGGGGAAAAUCCUGGUGAAGGUACCUGUACCUAUCCAGCACUUGCUGGAUGUGAUCCCGAUGCUGGUGGUCCUGGCGAUAGAGAGUGUGCUGAGGGAGAUUUCUGGGAUGACAGAGUUCCUGGUACUUGCAACAGGUACUUCAGGUGCGUGAAUGGUGAAAUCACAGAACGACAGUGCCCUGAUAAUCUGCACUGGCAUAAUGAACUUGGGCACUGUACAACGCCUGCCCUUUCCGAUUGUCCCUACCCUCUCUGUUCCGAGAAUCCACCUGAAGAGGGACUCGAGCUUCUGCCACAUCCAACUGAUUGUAAUCUAUACUACAUUUGCAUUGAUCAAGAGCCUGUACAGCGGUCAUGUGCACCAGGACAGCACUUCGACAGGAUCAACGGAUGGUGUACUACUCCAGAAGAAGCAGGAUGUGAAUAAUUUUUUUCAUUUUAAUAAAUACAGCUUUAUCUUGAUUUUUAAAAAAUC